UCAAUUUCAUAGUAAUCUCACAGAGAAAACAAUUCCCACAUCUACUAUAUCCACUUUUCUUCUCAAUUUCUGCAAUAAUGUCCCAGGCCGACGAGCUAAUUCUAUUGGAGUGGUACCCUAGUCCUUUCGCAGCAAGGGUGAGGAUAGCCUUGGCUGAAAAGGGAUUAAAUUAUGAGUCCAGACCAGAAGAUUUAACCAACAAGAGCCCUCUUCUUCUACAGAUGAACCCAGUUAACAAGCAAAUCCCAGUGUUGAUCCAUAAUGGCAGACCCAUUUGCGAGUCAACGGUAAUAGUACAAUACAUCGACGAAGUCUGGAACCACAAGUCUCCAUUGUUCCCCUCUGAUCCUCACCAACGAGCGCAUUCCAAAUUCUGGGCUGACUAUGUCGAUAAGAAGAUUUUUGGUGGAGGGAUGCAGUUGGCAGCAUCAAAAGGGGAAGUGAAAGAAGCUGCAAAGAAGUAUCUGAUUGGGUGCUUUGAAACACUGGAGGAAGAGCUUGGAGACAAGCCUUUCUUCGGAGGUGAAAGUUUCGGCUACGUUGAUUUGGUCCUCAUUCCAUGCCAUAGCUUGUUCUAUACAUAUGAGAGCUUGGGAAAUUUGAGCAUGGCAGAGGAGUGCCCAAAGAUUGUGGACUGGGCGCAGAGAUGCUUGCAAAAGGAGAGUGUCUCUAAGUCUUUAUGUGAUCAGCAGAAGUUUUAUGCUAUUAUCUCGGAGAUAAGCAGAAGCGGAUCUGCAUGGACUUCAGUCCAAAAAUUCUUAGACAAACUUGAUCUACUACAAAAUUCAUAAGUUUUAAUUAAUAAAACUGUAUUGUGUUUCCAUAAUUAUCAAUAAACAUAUAAUUAAUGAAGAAUUCCUUUGGUUUAUAAA